AGGGUGACGCGCGGGCUGCGGCGGCGUCAGACACCGUCCCCCCGCUGGUGCCAUGCGCACUGCCGCUUGUUGUUGUGGAGCUGGCUGUUAUGGCCGGACGAGGCCUCGGACCGAACUGAGAGAGGCAUCCCCCGCCUCUCGUCCUCAUCUUCCCUCCCCGUCCCAGCGCUACCUCCCCGGCCCCACGCACCGCGGGUCUCCGCCGCGGGACACCCCUCGCCCAUGGAGGGCACCGACAUGGACGUGGACGCGGAGCUCAUGCAGAAGUUCAGCUGCAUGGGCACCACGGACAAGGACGUCCUCAUCUCGGAGUUCCAGAGGCUGCUGGGCUUCCAGCUCAACCCCGCCGGCUGCGCCUUCUUCCUGGACAUGACGAACUGGAACCUUCAGGCGGCUAUCGGUGCAUAUUAUGACUUUGAAAGUCCCAAUGUGAACACACCAUCCAUGUCCUUUGUCGAAGAUGUGACAAUUGGAGAAGGAGAGUCCGUUCCUCCAGAUACACCGUUCACAAAGACCUGGAGGAUACAGAACACAGGUGCAGAGGCGUGGCCGCCUGGGGUUUGUCUCAAGUACAUUGGUGGGGAUCAGUUUGGGCACGUAAACACAGUUAUGGUGAAGUCUCUAGACCCCCAGGAAAUAUCAGAUGUUAGUGUGCAGAUGCGAAGUCCCACAACUCCUGGCAUGUACCAGGGUCAGUGGAGGAUGUGUACAGCCACUGGGUUAUUCUAUGGAGAUGUAAUCUGGGUGAUCCUUAGCGUAGAAGUUGGAGGUCUCCUUGGCGUCACCCAGCAGCUGUCCUCCUUUGAGACAGAGUUCAACACCCAACCCCAACGGAACGUGCAGGGAGACUUCAACCCCUUCGCCUCGCCGCAGAAGAACAAGCACGACGCCACCGACAACAGUUUCAGAGAACCCGGUGGGGUGUGGGAACGCACACCGGAGCCAAUCCAGCAAGAUCAAAACGGACUGUCUCAUAAUGCUGUAAAUAGGGCCUCAAAUGGACUCCAAACCAAUCUUUCUGUUGUGACUUAUGGUCAGGGUAUUCACGGACCCUUUCCCUUUGGACAGAGCUAGAAUAACAGAAAGACCCCCCCUCUAUGAUGGAUGAUGAGCUGAACACCUUGGGAGUCCUUAAUUUAAAGGAGUUGGAGGGGGGGGAGUGGACAGUUGUUUUAUAUUGACUCAUGACAACCCUCUCCCCUGUCCAUGGCCCUUUUCCACAGAAACACAAAUUACAGUGAGGUGAUGGAUUGCAUCUGCGACAGUGAAACAUCCCCACCCGACAUCAACACCUGGAUUCGCAUGUGUGAAUGCUUCAUUUUAUUCUAAAAACCCUUAAAGAUAGAUACACACAACUAUUUUUAUUUACACUGUAAAACACAGCUAAUUAAAGGGAAAAUCUACCUUAAACAACCUACGUACAGUUCUGGUUUCCCCAUGUCCCUUCAGGGUUCCUACACAGAUCUGAACAUGUUGGGGAAGUUGUUGGCGCACGGUACAAAACUUGAUUUUGAGGCCUUUGUGGGAGAAUUGUGAUCUUUUACUCACCACACGAGUGGUUUUUAAUAGAAGUGUGUGUGUGUGUGUGUGUGUGUGUGUGUGGAGUAUUGCCGGUCUUCUCUCGACGACAGCCUUACACAAGUUUCACACACAAACCCGGGGAUUAAUGUGGGACGUUAAGCAGCUGGUGUGACAACGAGUAUGACCUCACACACCAGCCGCAUGGAAAUGCCUGAGUUCAAGAAAGACCACAACAGAAAAGCUCUAGAUAAAUCUAUGUGCUUUUGAAGCAUCUCCUUACAGUAUAUACAUGUCUUACAAGCUCUCACAUCAUUGGACUAAAAAUGGAUGAUUUGGCUGUGUGAAGGUAGAUAAUGUGCCAGUAUAUCUAUAAAAUGUGGGUUUAAUCACCUUGAGCAAGUAGCUGACUUCAUGGAAGAACAACUUAGAUGCUGAUUUGAUCGCCAUGGCAAUGGUGACCCUGACAUGACGGGCCUCAACAUCUGUUGUGUUGUGAACGAGUUGCCGCUGGAAUUUGACACCUUCAGGUCCAAUAAUCUAAUAUAAGUUUACAGGGGGUUUAUUUUCUUUAAUCAGUGUCUCAAAGGUUCAAAUAAGUUGUGAUCUAGUCCAGAAUGAGAUGAUAAAUUAGCACAUUGUCAAACGUUGAGGUUGCAUGUUCUGCUGUCAUGUUUCAAGUAUUUUUGUAGUUUAAUGGAUGUCACCACCAAUAUCCGACUAUGUAUUUUAUUUAUGGCUCAGAAGUUACGGUUGUAACUGGUGUUCAUCCUUAAACAAGUAGGUCCUUGAACCCUGGUUGCUUCAUUCUGUAAGAAUAAUCUUUUACAUUAUUCUGAAGCAUUUAUCACCCAAACAUUUCACCAUUUGCCCUUUUUUUGUUUUUUUUGAGAAAAACUUGCUAUCAAAUCCAAAACAACACAGCAGUGCCAGUCUUUCCUGUGACUUCUACAACACUGAGCAGCUCAUCUCUGUGGUUAUUAGAAGUAAAAAAGAAAUCCAUACUCAUCAAUGUCACAGCGCUCAGCCGCUAAUUCCAUACAUGACAUUUUAAGCAUGUAAAGACGAGGGCAAACUCCUAAAAUCAUUGCAAAGAAAUAUAUGGACGAUCCCUGUGUAGGAACCCAAUCUCUUCCAAAGAUAAAGUCCAGACAACCAAGACACUAAUCUGUGCUGUCAUACAACAACUCAGUCUGCUGCUCCAUUCAGACUGCAUGGGACAGUGUGUGUGUUUUUGUUUGUUUGUUUGUGUGUUUGUUUUGUUUUUUUAAGGGUGGGUUUUUUGCUUUAAAUAGAUAGCUGAAGUGCAAAAGGAUGCAAGCGAGUUUGAGCCUGUGAGAUGUGAGAAAGCUGAAAAAGCCAUCUAAGUCCAUUUUGCCUGGUGAGUGACUGUGUUUUCUGAUGUCUACGGUAUGUGUACUAGAUAUGUGCGUGUGUGUGCAUGUAUGUUAAUGGUUUCUCUUUGGAUUUAACUGACAUUAAAUGGUGUAUACUACUUGGGCAAAGGAAGACGUGUCUAUUCACACAUACAUGGAAAUUGAGAGAGCUUUUACUAGGUGUGUACCUCUGAAGUAUUUGAAUUGUUCUGCAUCGUUUGGAUGAACCGACUCACUUAUUGCUGAUGUUAUUUAUUUGCUGUCACGUUGUGCAUUGUAGGUGCAAAAAAAGAAGAAAAAAAAGUCCCAUUUACAACCAGCAGGUGGUGCUAAAAAUCAAACGACCAACUUGUCUGUGAGGAUUCUAAUUCAUCCAGGGCGUGGGCAAACCGAAGCCCUGUUCACACCGUCAGAGAUCUGAUCACAAGUGGUCGGCUCUAAAUCCCUCUGUUCACACCGGGCAUUGCAAUGUGUCCUCACGCGCCCCACACCCCCUCUGAAUGUGGAUUGAGUGUAUUCAGGAUGCAUGUGGGUGCAGUCAGACCUGUACUUAGUGCUCAUUGUGAAACAGGUCAGAGGACGUCAGCUGAGGAGGAGGAAAGAUGCUGGUCAUAGUGAUCAGAUCUAGAGUUGGAUUCAGGGGCAUUUUGGUGCCCUUACUUGUGAUCAGAUCACUGAGGAUGGAUGUUUGCAACAGGUCUGAACAGGGUCCGAGACAUAUUGAAUCAAAGGCAACUGGAAUCGGUUGACAGACGUUUCACCGCUCAACAAAGAUACUCUUUCAUUUCUGACUUUAACAACAGUCAUUAGAACAAUUGAAGUCCCCCUGAGGCCAAGUGGGAAUGGCUGUUAAAUCUCCCCAGGAAGGGAUGAAAGGACACUACUGCAGGUCAGGGAUUAAGUGAUGUUCACCAACUCCUCUCUACUUUGAUGUUGAUGGCCUCCUUCCUUCCAUGUUCAAACUACCUUUCCUCCCUGUCUGCACAUUGUUGCCAUCGGAGGAGCAUCCCAUAGCCAUUAUAACUGCAGCUUCUUGACCUGAGGAGUUGACCCUCCAUGCGUUUCUCUGAGUAUUAGGCCUGUGCCCUCCUCACUACAUACUGGAGAUUGGUUAUCUGAGUGUGCCAUCUUUUAUAGGCACCAGUUGUUUGUUUUCAUGUGUAAACACGCGUGCACAAAAACUGGUGCAUUCAAAAUGACGGUCAUUUACAUUUGGCCUCAGCUGACGAGACACCAGCAGCUUUGAUAUCGACUCCCUGGAGGUUAAACACUUGGUUUUUUUCCAUCAGUCAGUCAGAACUGAAGAAGCCCGAGAGCUCAAAGGUCUUUAAGCGUCUACAACCAGGUCCAGUUGCCCUUCGAUUCAACUUUUCACGGGUGACCAACAUUUACUUGACAUGCUGAGAACAUUGAGAAGAAAAGGUGACAAGCUGUAGUUGGACUGUAGUAAGACAAUUUUAAUAUGAAAAUUAAGGGUUUGCAUCAGCAUUAUAAGCACUGAUGUUUUCUUAUUGCUAUUUGCACAAAGCUCUCCACCACUAAUGCUAAUGAGGGAGAAAGUGGGUUUUUUUGGCUUAUUGUUGGGACCUUUCCGGAAAGUUUGAUUGGUGAGUUCAAACAUAAUUCUUCAUUAUUUCCCAUCCAUUGGCUUCUUUAUUUAGGUUUGACUGUCCCACCAGAAUUUUUACUUCAGCUUUGCUGUAUGUUGCUUAUGUUAGACAAUUAAUCUCAUCAUGUAUUUUGGCUUGAAAAUAAAAUGGAAAAAGUUGUUGAUAGACUUAAUAACUUUUUUAUUUCCUGAAGGGAUCUUUCAUUCAAACGGAAUGACUUGUAAUUUUUUUUUAUGCAUUUAAAGUUAUCAAAUUUUCUCCCAGUUGUAAUUAUGAACAUCUAAUUGUAAUUCUCUAUAUUGAGAGUUCAUUGCCUUUAUGAUCGUGUACACGUGUUUGUAUAAUUCACCAGCAUUCUGUGUUGCAUCUGUCUGUGACUGUGUUGAGUUGGCGGAGAGUCCUCCUCCCAAACAGUAUACACUGUUCUGGAUUGCUUCGUUGAGUCAUGUCACUUUUUUUUUUUUGUGUACGUGUGUGUGUGGGGGCUUUCCUCUUGUGAUCUUGCUUGUGUGCAUUUCUGUGUGCGUGUGGGUGUGAAAGAGAGAGUGACGGAUGGUGAGGAAAUUUGAAUAUUGCUGGAUUCAUUCUCUAGUUUUAGUUAGUGACGAUGUAUGGACUUGAGAAGGGUGGCAUGGUGAGUGGAUAAGAUGAAAAGUUUACAUAGUCCUGAAAUAGCACAUUUUAUCUGAAGAGAAAAUGUCAAAAUAAAGCUUUUUUUCCCCCCCUGUAUCUAUAAUUAAGCAUUUGUAUGAUUAAAUUAACACUGAAACAAUGA